AUGGGAUCAGUGAUACUAUGGAGGGGACUCCGUCAACAUCGUUCAACAAAAAGUCAAAGACGGAGCCCCUCCGAUUUCCAGUCCUCGCAAACUCCCCGUCGGACAUCAAGAGUUCGACAAGUUGUGGGAGGUGACUCCUCAUCCGGUAGCGAUGGGUAUGAUGAGGCAUCUUCGGAUGAGGAUCUGUCCGAUGAUUCAGAUGAAUCCAGGGUCAUUGACGGCGCAGUCCUGGCUCAGUUUUCGACCCUAAUACCAACGUUGAGUCUCACCGUGUGCUCCAGAGCACCAUCAAAGGAAGUUCGGAAUGGGACAGCGAUGUUCAGGAGGAUAGUGACACUAUGGAAGGGGCUCCGUCAAGAUGCUCAACGAAAAUUCAAUGCCGGGGCCUUUUCAAUUUGGCGGACUCAGAAGGUGGUGAGAAGGUCGAGGGGUCGACAGGUCGUCGGGGAUGAGGACGAUUACGAAGAACAAGAGGAGGAAGCUGAGCAGAAUGGGGAUAGUGACACUAUGGAUGAAGUUAUUAUUUGGAAUUGA